AUGCGUGAAAAUACACUAACUGCAGUUAUCAUCGGGUUUCUAAUGGCACUAAUCCUCAUAGCUUGUGCCGGCUGGUUCAUUGCGAAAUUCCGUGUCAAACGUGCAUUUAAGGCAGACCGCGAGUUGACUCAAGAUACUGAGAAAGGACUCAAACACACCCACAUCCCAAAAAACAACAAGAGGGGCUGGGUCCGACCACCCAGGAAGGAAACCAUUAUCUCAAGACCCAACUACGUCUUGUUCACGGAUGGCGACGGACGCAGGAUUCGCCGUGGAUGUCGAUUAGCCCAAGUCCAGAAGGUUUCUCCGAAGCAUCAGAAACAAACUCAGAACGAGAGCAAGAUAGAUGGUCCGGGCAACCAAAACAAAGGGAACAAGCAGUACAGCAAGGACGAAAAGAAGGAUGAUCAGAAAAACGAGGACAAGAAAAACGAGGACAAGAAAAACGAGGACAAGAAAAACGAGGACAAAGAAAACGAGGACAAGAAAAACGAGGACAAGAAAAACGAGGACAAGAAAGAUGAGGACAAGAAAAGCGAGGACAAGAAAAGAGCGGACAAAAAAAGCGCGGACAAAAAAAGCGAGGACAAGAAUAGCGAAAACAACGACGACCAAAAAACCAGUUCUCAAAACCGUCCAGCUAAUCAGAAAGUUGAGAAGAAAGAUUCCUGGGGAGUUUGGGAAUCGGUCAUUGAAGCUAAGCCGGACGACCAGAAGAAGUCCGGCUCCAAUAAGGGCAAUCAGGAGAACCAAGGUCACAGCAAGUGGAAUGAACAAAACGACUGGAGCUUCGGCAACCAUAAAAAACAGGACAAUCACGAUCAAUGCCAUUGGGAUGAACAAAAUCAAUGGAAUUACGGCCGUUAUGGAGACCAGUACAACCAAGACCAGGACAACUGGCAACAAAACCAAUGCAAUGGCGACAACGAGAAUGAUCAGAAGAAUUAUUACCACAACUGGGAGAGCAGAAACGACGACAACUAUAACAAAUGGAACAGUGAGAAUGAUCAGAAGAAUUAUUACCACAACUGGGAGAGCAGGAACGACGACGACUACAACAAAUGGAACAGUCAGCUGGGCCCCGAGGACUCUAUUAGCAACCAAAAGAGAAAAACCAAUGGAGGCGAUCGUUAUCGUCAUGGGAAGCGCAACAACCGAUCACACCGCGUGUCUGCGAAUAAGACAUUAGCAAAUAACCGCAAUGAAAUUCACCGAAACAGUCGAAUGGGAUGGUCCAGCAAGCAUAAACGGGGCCUACCGCCGAGUGAUCAAGGAAAAUCCAAACAUGAUAAACCGAAAUCGGACCGGAGCAAGAAUUAUGACAACGCCAUGAACUCGCAAGUCCCGAUGGACGACCAGAAGAAGAAUGAAGGGAAAGUAUUACCGGAGAAAUGGUAG